AUGAUUGCUGCUAUCAGUCCGGCGGAUUGCAAUUAUGGAGAGACUUUGAGCACGUUGAGGUAUGCUAAUCGGGCUAAAAACAUAAUCAAUCAGCCUACAGUCAACGAGGAUCCAAACGUGAAAUUGAUCAGAGAACUCAGAGACGAGAUCAGCAAACUGAGAGCGCUGAUGUUCUGCGAGCAAAGGUCAGACAUGUUGGCGCAGUUACAUGAAAAAGAAGCUCGUGAAAGGUUCGUUUUUCACCGCUCAAAUUACUAA